AUGCGUAUUGUCGAUAAGCUUGCAAAUGAAGUUCCCUAUUUUCAACAAAGAAGAGAUGCUACCGGAAGGUUGGGUCUGUCUACAUUGCAGAAGUGUACAGCAGCAAUUCGUAUGAUGGCAUAUGGUUCUGCAGCUGAUGCGUUUGACGAAUACCUCCGACUUUCUCCAAACGUGGCGCUAGCAUGCUUGGACAAAUUUACAGAUUCAGUCGUAAAUUUAUUUGGAGAUGAGUACUUGAGAAGACCCACACCAGCAGAUCUUCAAAGACUACUCGACGUUGGCGAGUAUCGCGGAUUUCCCGGCAUGAUAGGAAGCAUCGAUUGUACAUUAAAUGAUAUCAAUAUUCUUGACCGAUCUCCAGUCUUUGAUGAUAUUUUGCAUGGUCGAGCUCCUAAAGUGAAAUACAGUGUCAACGGCCAUGAGUAUAAAUUGGCUUACUAUCUGACAGAUGGCUCGAUUUGCCAUAGUCAAAAACCCGGCUCUUAUUUGGGAUAUAGUAAAAAUUGGGAAAAUAAUGAGAGCGUGUAUCAUACUGCACAAUAUGAUAGUGGAGGACGAACGAAAUGGGUACAAUCUGUUUGA